AUGGCGCAGAAGCUCCCUCAAAUCGGCGAGCUGCACUCACUGCCAGAGGGCUCGCAGACAAAUGCAUUGGAUCUCCUCUUUGAGCCCAGCCCAGCUAUUCACUCGACCCUCCUACCUGUCAUACAAAAUACGAAAUAUUCCUCGUAUCCGGAACUCAUAGAUCAAUGCCGAACUGCGCUGUUCGAUCUCGCAUCCAAGUCUACUCCGGCCAAUCCAAACUCCACACUGUUGUCCGUCGUCGGAUCUCACCCAAGGUUGGGCUCCAAAAAGGUCGACUCAGCGCAGUCAGCCGCAGAGCAAGCCAAUCUCCAAGGCCAAGGAGAGCAGUUGGCAGAACUUAAUCGGGAGUAUGAGGAAAAGUUCCCAGGCUUGCGAUUUGUUGUGUUUGUAAAUGGCAGAGGGCGACCUGAGAUUAUGAAUGAUAUGAGGGUGCGGAUUGACCGUGGGGACUUUGACAAGGAAGUUGAUGCGGCACUCCAGGCCAUGUGUGACAUUGCAAAGGAUAGGGCGUCGAAGCUUUUGGCAUAA